AUGAAGUUGAUAUUGAGCGGACUGAUGCCCAUGGCUGCCACUACAACAGUCAUCACGGUGGCUUCCUGGCUUAUGGCUCAAGGGAUCUGGAACCUCAUGACCCGCUGGCUAUGCUCCCUCGCCAAUAUCGGAGACACCAAGACUUACACCAUGUUAACAGGCCCCUCGGAUCUGAGAAGUUUGGUGUCGAAUAGAUCUCGGUUGUGGACGCUUGUGGGCACUGGAAUAACGAUCGGACUCUGGCUGAUCCGGCCGUCAAUCCCAUACAAUCAUAUGACAGGAGCUCUACCCUUCACCAUGCUCGGUGAGCAGUCUCGGGCUCGUCGGAUGACCAUCGAAACAUUUCCGCUACCUGAAUUGCUGGCGGAGGCAUAUUGGGAGCCUGCAAACGGGCACUAUAAGGGGUGGGCACCGACGUUGGAUGAUUCGGGUAACACUGCCUAUGGAAAUAAUAAGCCAGACUGGGCGCGAGGCCCUCUUCCCGCUGCGUUUGAGAGAUGGAUUGUGAAUCCCGAUCCGAACACGGCCGAAAUUAGCUUGGAGCCAUCUAAUUCGACUGUUCAGAGUGUGUUCAAGAGAGACGAAAACGAAUCCGAUUCUGGAAGCCAGAACAAGACAGUCGAACCGCGACACUACUUCUAUAAUCCCGUUCAAGAUCCCAUGAGGAUAAGCAACCUUGAUCUGGAACCACUUGGCCCUCUGCAAGAGGCACUGAAGGACCAUCCCAUCCCGAUCAACCACAUCGUCUUUGUGUUCUUGGAAAGUGGCAGAAAGGAUCUGUUCCCUCUCAAAAAUGAUUCCCACUUGUAUAACCAAAUUCGCGAAUCAUAUGAAUUAUUCGGAGAGGAGGACGAAGCCGAUCUACACGACAAACUGUCUCAGAUAACCCCCGUAGCAGAAAUGCUUACAGGGGAGCAAUCUGGCUUUGGCUCCUCAGUCGACUCAACGAAUUCCGGGCUAGGUGGUCUCAGCUUCGACGGGAUAUUAUCGGGGAGCACUCUCUCUGCUAAAUCGCGUCUUGUAAACUACUGCGGUCUUGGGCCGCUCCCGGUGGACUUUAUGCAUGAAAAUGAUAUAAUUCCAUACCAGCCGUGUCUGAUGCACAUCAUGGAUCUGUUCAGCCAGCGAAAGAAUUCCUCUAGCUCUGGAAAUUCCACCAACAGCCACCUGGAACGGGAGUGGGAAACCAUCUAUGCGCAGUCUGUCACUGGGGAGUUUCAGGCACAGACUCGGCUUAUGGAUCUGCUCGGUUUCAAGCAGGCAUUGUAUUCAGAAGACAUUGAUGUGGAGGACGCGAAAUAUUUCCAUGAGGAUAUGGAAAAGAUCAACUAUUUCGGUUAUGCCGAAACUGAGGCCCGCCCCUACAUCAAAGACAUGAUCGACGAAACACUUCGUCAGAACAAGAGACUCCUCCUUUCGCAUUUCACCAGCACCACUCACCACCCUUGGGGUACACCCGAAGGCUGGAACCGUGAUAAAUAUUUCGGUGAUCUCCACAAAUCACAACACGAACUUAUGGAUGAAUUCCUCAACGCAAACCGCUUCGUGGACGCCUGGCUGGGGGGAGUUAAUGGGAAUGCUAGACGAGGCAGCGGCCAAGCAUUUGGAGAAGACUGUCCCGUCACAGGAACCUACCACAACCCACACAUCAGCAACUUCCGCGUGCCCCUAGUAUUCCACCACCCCUUAUUACCCCGCAUGCACCUUAAUGUCAACGGCAGCGCCGUCUCCAUCCUCCCCACGAUCCUCGAUCUCCUCGUGAACACCAACUCCCUCAACGCAGACGACACAGAAAUUGCCCUGGAUCUGAUGAACGAGUAUGAGGGCCAGUCCUUCAUCCGGCCAUACCGCACCUCGCACAAUGGCCGCGAAGCCUGGAACAUGGGCGUCAUUAAUGCCGGUGGCUCGAUGCUGAGUGUUGGCUCCGCUGCUGUGCCCUGGCGCCUCAACCUACCAUUGAACAAUGACUUCGAGUACCGGUUCACGGACUUGAACAAGGACCCGUACGAGCUUGAGCCUGUCACGGGCUGGACUAUGGGGUCGCUUGCUGCGGAGGUUCAUUUCAAACAUGGGCCUGAGGCUUUUGAUUGGGCUCAGAAGGCUGAGAAGGUUGGCCUUUGGUGGGUUGCGGAGCGGAAGAAGCUUUGGAAUUAUCGUGAUCCUGAUGAGUGA